GGCUCUUUGCCAGUUGGAAUUAGUUGAAUUCUGAGGACUUUGAUGGAUAUAAAUAUGAUAACCCAGAGGAAGAAGGGUCCGUGGAGGAGUCAUAGGAGGACUGCUUGCUGGUUUGCUGGUUACCUGGACUUGUGGAUUUCCUGAUGAUGGAUAUUGGUAUUGCCCCCGAAAGAAUCCUACCACCCUGCCCAGCAGGAAGAAUGCUGCUGAAGUGGGGCACAUAGCCAGCUGCAGGCUCAGGGGAUGCCAGCCACCAAAUGCCAGCCGUCUGGCAUGGCUUCCAGCUUCGGGGACCUGAGGCUUUGGAGGAGGAAAUGACUGUUGACGGUCUUCUGUUCCAUCUGCAUUACGACAUUCAAACUUCCUAGAGUGCAGGCUUAGGGGACAGGAAAAUUUCUCUUGAAGGGCUCCACAUUUGUAACAAAGAAGGUAAAAAUGACAACUUCAUCUAUCAGACGGCAGAUGAAAAACAUUGUGAACAAUUACUCAGAGGCUGAAAUCAAAGUCCGGGAAGCCACCUCCAAUGACCCGUGGGGCCCAUCCAGCUCUCUGAUGACUGAGAUUGCUGACCUGACCUACAAUGUGGUGGCCUUCUCGGAGAUCAUGAGCAUGGUUUGGAAGCGACUUAACGACCAUGGCAAGAACUGGCGACAUGUGUACAAGGCACUGACACUGCUGGACUACCUGAUCAAGACAGGUUCUGAGCGGGUGGCCCAGCAGUGCCGUGAAAACAUCUUUGCCAUACAGACUCUGAAGGACUUCCAGUACAUUGACCGUGAUGGCAAAGACCAGGGCAUCAACGUGCGGGAGAAGUCAAAGCAGCUGGUUGCUCUCCUCAAGGACGAGGAACGGCUGAAGGCCGAGAGGGUUCAGGCUCUCAAAACCAAAGAGCGCAUGGCUCAGGUGGCCACUGGUGUGGGCAGCAACCAGAUCACCUUCGGUCGUGGUUCCAGCCAACCCAACCUUUCUACCAGUUACUCGGAGCAGGAGUAUGGCAAGGCUGGGGGCUCGCCAGCCUCCUACCACGGCUCACCAGAGGCCUCGCUGUGCCCCCAGCACCGUGCAGGGGCCAUGCUGGGUCAGAGUGAGGAGCUGCAGCCACUGAGCCAGCGCCACCCCUGCCUGCCGCACCUGGGCCUAGCCUCCCGCCCAAAUGGUGACUGGGCCCAGCCAUGCCUCACUUGUGACCGCGCAGCCCGAGCUACUUCCCCACGAGUGUCCUCUGAGCUGGAGCAGGCCCGGCCACAGACAAGUGGAGAAGAGGAGCUGCAGCUGCAGCUGGCACUUGCCAUGAGCAGAGAGGUAGCAGAACAGGAAGAACGCCUCAGGCGGGGUGAUGACCUGAGAUUGCAGAUGGCCCUGGAAGAAAGCCGGAGAGACACAGUGAAGGUUCCAAAGAAGAAAGAGGUGAAAGCAUGCUGCAAGCCAGGCUCCCACUCACAGCAGACUACACUGUUGGAUUUAAUGGAUGCUCUCCCCAGCUCAGGCGCUGUUACCCAGAAAAGUGAGCCCUGGGGUGCUGGGCCCUCUGCUAACCAGACCAACCCCUGGGGUGCAACAGCGGCUCCUGUGAACAUUUCUGAUCCCUGGCCAUCAUUUGGUACCAAGCCAGCUGCCUCUGUGGACCCAUGGGGAGUGCCUACCACAGCCAGCACGGAGUCUGUCCCCAAGAGCUCAGACCCCUGGGCUGCCUCACAACAGCCCACCUCCAGUGCUGGGAAAACAGCAGAUGCCUGGGGAGCUGCCCAGCCCAGUUCUGCCUCAGGGUCCUUUGAGCUCUUCAGUAAUUUCAAUGGUACAAUUAAAGAUGACUUUUCUGAAUUCGACAACCUUCGAACUUCAAAAAAAACAGCUGAGUCAGGGGCCUCAGUACCUCCCCAGGACAGCAGAACCACAAGCCCUGACGUCUUUGAGUCUCAAUCCCUGACUUCUGCCUCAAAUAAGCCUAGCAGUGCCCGAAAAACACCUGAGUCUUUCCUGGGCCCCAAUGCAGCCUUGGUGAACUUGGACUCACUGGUGACCAAGCCUGCUCCACCAGCCCAGUCCCUCAAUCCCUUUCUGGCACCAGGUGCUGCUGCCCCAGCCCCUGUCAACCCCUUCCAGGUCAACCAGCCCCAGCCGCUGACACUGAACCAGCUUCGAGGGAGCCCUGUCCUGGGAAGCAGUGCAUCCUUUGGGUCUGGUCCAGGGGUGGAGACUGUGGCCCCUAUGACCUCAGUAGCCCCACAGUCAGCAUUGGGGCCCAGUGGCUCCUCAUUGACACCACUGGGCCCUACAGCAAUGAACAUGGUAGGCAGUGUGGGCAUUCCCCCAUCAGCAGCUCAGGCAACGGGCACAACAAACCCUUUCCUUCUCUAAUGCCCAGGCUGGGACUUGCCUGAGUGAACACCCAGAGUGCCGAGCCCAAGGAUGUCAAGUGGGGACUCUAAUCUGUGUAGUGGCUGAGAAUAUGGUGGUAGGGGUGUUAGAGCUUUGGGUCCAGCUUCCUGGUGAAAGGGUGGUUGUUAUAGUCCAGAACCUUCAGGCUGGGGUGCAGGUGGGUGACCCCACCGUCCUCACUGGGCCCCUGUGUCUCUUCCUAAGUGCUCAGCUCUAACCUUGCUCCACUGAGGUCUUGAAAGGAGGAGGUGUUAUCAGUGUUGCCCAAGAUUCUGGGAUGCUGUAGCCCAGGACUUGGGACAGUCACAUUGUGUGCGCCCCAUCCCCAGCAAUCUUCAGGGUGUGGGCAAGGUGAAGCUCUGGCCCCACUCGACACUGACCGUUGGGAAGUGGUUGUGCAUAUUUUAUUUUCCUUUGGCUCAUGUGAGUCCAAGGCAAACACUACUACCAGGGUGGAGCUUUAAGCUGACUGGAGCGCGACCCUGCCCCGGGCUCUGUGCUUGUGCACGUUUGCACAUUUUGUUGAGUACAGUUUCAUAUUUGAGUUUGCAGAAUUAUCUAAUAGUCUUUUUUUGGCUAAUAUUUUUAUAACGUGGUUCUUAUUUAACUGUCUAGUUUUGAUAGAAUUGACCAAGUCUGGCUGAUUAAGGUCUUGGCAUGUAUUAUUUUAGUGGUCUAAUUUCUCUUAUUUAUGGUUAUAACUGUAAGAAAACUUUAAAAGAAGAGAUAUUUGGAUGACAAAAAUAUGCCUUAUGGAAAACUAAGCAAAUUCUUUAUAGGAAAAAAAAAAACAUCGAAAUUAGAUUACACAAAAAGAAUUUUAUUAAAACAAAACAAAAACUUCCAAUAGUAACAAAAACUUGCAGCCUCCAGUUGCCUUUUUCCUUUCUUCAGUUCUUUUGAUGAAUUACCAAAUCAACUGACUCAUUGGCAUUUUUGCCUAGAUCUGAGAGGCUUUUUGCUACUAGUGUAUUGACAUCUUAAUGUUAAAAGAAAAAACAACGCAUGAUUGUGACUUGCCAGUUUUUAUCAACUAAUUCCUCUCUUUGUACCUGGCGUGCAGGGAUUGCCAGGGACUUCUGUUUACUGCAGACCAGAAGUGUGGCUGGCUGCCCAGUCGCCAUGCUCAGGUUAAUGAGAUUGUGGGAAAAUUGGGGGUGAUGGUGCACUUCUGGGCCCAUAGGUCACCAGGGAUGGUCCCCUAGAUGAGUCUUAAUGAGAUUGUGGGAAAAUCGGGGGUGAUGGUGCACUUCUGGGCCCAUAGGUCACCAGGGAUGGUCCCCUAGAUGAGUCAGGACAGGGACCCUGAUCUGUUUGCCUACCAGCUCCAACUCAGGCUGCUGACCAGGAAGUAACCACAUCCUAUUUUGGAGAAGAAAACAUCCUCCCAUGAAGUAGGUUUUUAACAGACGUGCACUGAUACUACUCCCAACCUCUUGCUGUCCCCACUCCACUCACUGUUAAAGAAAAGUGUUAAAUCCUGAACUAGAGACCACAGACUUGCUUUUCUUCAGAGAAAGGACUGCCCCUUCUUGGUCCUGGCAGUUUGUGUGGCUGGCCUUUCUGCCUUGUCUUGCAAUAUGGACUUCUAACCUUAAGCUCCAAGGGCAUCCAGCCACCUGCCAGCCCCUCUGUGUCCAGAGAAAGUUUGGCCCUCAGCACCCACAUGGUUGACUUGGUGGUUACUGUUUGAGUGAGACUGCACUCUAGACCUCCUGAAUCUGAGAGCCCACAUGCUGCUCCUAGGCCCCACAAGCCAAUAGCCCUUCCUAACUACCUGUUCCUCCUAGAACCUGAGGCCUAGCAGUACGCUUGGGCCCUGCUCUUUAGGAAGGCUAAUGACUGGGCAUCAGAGAGGUGCAGGCACCACAAGACAGGGGAGCUGACACCGUUCUAGAUUGCGCAUUCUUCAGAUUGUAUGGGCCAGGGCCAGAACUGCCUUCUGGGGCCAGUGAUUAUGCUGCGAAGACAAGAGCCCUUCUGGCUGAGGCCCCAUUCCAAUAGCCACUAGGCUUCCUCUACCCACAGGCCAUCCAGCGCAUGUCCCAAGUACCUGCUGCACUGAUCAUGAAGCCACUGGCCACUGCCAUGUGUGUUGCACACGUGCCACCAUGCCCUUCCUGAUGAACACCCUGAAGGAAGUCACCCAGCUGUUUCUCAGUCCCAGGGCUGGUGGUUGGUUUUAGAUUUAUGUUGACUGUUGAUACUUAUUUACUGUAUAAAUAUAAUUUAUCAUUUGUA